GUCGGGGGCGCGCGCGAGAGGCGCGCGUCCCGAGUGAAAGGAGAAGGAGGGGUGCAGGGGGUGACGGUGCGGGAGCCGCUGCCAGCGCGGAACGAGAGCCGGCGGCCUGGGCCCGAGGACAAGGUGGGCCAGAGGCCAGAUCGGCUGCCCGGACCCUUCGACGCGGCCCCGGCCUGAGCGGCAGCGGUUUCUGGCGAGGUGGGGAGGCGCUGCCAAGCCCCAGCAGGGGAAGAUGUUCAACGUGGAGUCGGCGGAACGGGUGGAACUGUGCGAGAGCCUUCUCACUUGGAUACAGACAUUUAAUGUAGAUGCGCCAUGCCAGACCGUGGAAGAUUUAACGAAUGGGGUUGUGAUGGCCCAGGUUCUUCAAAAAAUAGAUCCUGCAUAUUUUGAUGAAAAUUGGCUAAACAGAAUCAAAACUGAAGUGGGAGAUAAUUGGAGGCUAAAGAUAAGCAAUUUAAAGAAAAUUUUAAAAGGAAUCCUGGAUUAUAAUCAUGAGAUUUUAGGACAGCAAAUUAAUGAUUUUACCCUUCCUGAUGUGAACCUUAUUGGGGAGCAUUCUGAUGCUGCCGAACUGGGAAGGAUGCUUCAGCUCAUUUUAGGCUGUGCUGUGAACUGUGAACAGAAGCAAGAGUACAUCCAAGCCAUUAUGAUGAUGGAAGAAUCUGUUCAACAUGUUGUCAUGACAGCCAUUCAAGAGUUGAAGAAAACUACAGAGGAACUAAAUGAAGCUUUGUCAGCAAAGGAAGAAAUUGCCCAAAGAUGCCAUGAAUUGGAUAUGCAGGUUGCAGCAUUGCAAGAAGAGAAAAGUAGUCUGCUGGCAGAGAACCAGGUAUUAAUGGAAAGACUUAAUCAAUCUGAUUCUAUAGAAGAUCCUAACAGUCCAGCAGGGAGAAGACAUCUGCAGCUCCAAACUCAAUUAGAACAGCUCCAGGAAGAAACAUUCAGACUAGAAGCAGCCAAAGAUGAUUAUCGAAUACGCUGUGAAGAGUUAGAAAAGGAAAUCUCUGAACUUCGGCAACAGAAUGAUGAACUAACCACUUUGGCAGAUGACGCUCAGUCUCUAAAAGAUGAAAUAGAUGUUCUUAGACAUUCUUCUGAUAAAGUGUCUAAACUAGAAGGCCAAGUGGAAUCAUAUAAAAAGAAGCUAGAAGAUCUUGGUGAUUUGAGGCGGCAGGUUAAACUCUUAGAAGAGAAGAACACUAUGUAUAUGCAGAACACUGUCAGUCUAGAGGAAGAGUUAAGAAAAGCCAAUGCGGCUCGAAGUCAACUUGAGACAUAUAAGAGACAGGUAGUAGAAUUGCAAAAUAGAUUAUCUGAAGAAUCGAAGAAAGCAGAUAAAUUAGAUUUUGAAUAUAAGCGGCUAAAAGAAAAAGUUGACAGUCUUCAAAAAGAAAAGGAUCGGUUAAGAACAGAAAGGGAUUCUCUGAAGGAGACCAUUGAAGAGCUUCGUUGUGUGCAGGCUCAAGAAGGGCAGCUCACAACUCAAGGGUUAAUGCCUCUGGGAAGUCAGGAAUCUUCAGAUAGCCUGGCAGCAGAGAUUGUUACACCUGAAAUCAGGGAGAAACUUAUUCGUCUUCAGCAUGAGAAUAAGAUGUUAAAACUUAACCAAGAGGGUUCAGACAAUGAAAAAAUUGCCUUAUUGCAGAGCCUUCUAGAUGAUGCAAAUCUACGCAAGAAUGAACUGGAGACAGAGAAUAGGCUGGUGAAUCAAAGACUCCUGGAAGUACAGUCACAAGUUGAAGAAUUGCAAAAAUCUUUGCAGGAUCAAGGAUCAAAAGCAGAAGAUGCUAUUUCUGUUCUUCUAAAGAAGAAACUUGAAGAACAUCUAGAGAAGCUGCAUGAAGCCAAUAACGAACUGCAGAAGAAGAGAGCCAUUAUUGAAGAUCUUGAACCAAGAUUUAACAACAGCUCCUUAAAAAUUGAAGAAUUACAAGAAGCUUUACGGAAGAAAGAAGAAGAAAUGAAGCAAAUGGAAGAACGAUAUAAGAAAUACUUAGAGAAAGCCAAAAGUGUUAUCCGUACUUUAGAUCCUAAACAGAAUCAAGGAGCGGCACCAGAAAUACAAGCUCUUAAAAAUCAGCUCCAGGAACGGGACCGACUCUUCCAUUCAUUAGAGAAAGAGUAUGAGAAAACGAAGAGUCAGCGAGAGAUGGAGGAAAAAUAUAUUGUUAGUGCCUGGUACAAUAUGGGAAUGACUCUGCAUAAAAAGGCAGCUGAAGAUAGACUUGCUAGUACAGGUUCAGGGCAGUCCUUCCUGGCCAGGCAAAGACAAGCAACCAGCACAAGAAGAUCUUACCCGGGCCAUGUUCAGCCAGCCACAGCAAGGUAGACAAGUCUUGCCACUAGAAUAAAAAACACUGCAUUCAAAACAUACUUCAGUUACAUAUAACAGCAUUUCAGGAAAUUCAGCCAGCUUAUUCUUUGUCUCUAUUUUAUGUUACUAUUUAGUUGUUUCCUACUUGAGGAAGUUCUCUCACCUGUGUCUGUAUGUUUUAGUUUCUUGGUCCUUUAUUUUGUAGUCCUUUCAGUUCCUUUUAAUGUGCCAAAAAAUUUUAAAUGCCCAAUUAAAAGUGUUGUAUAAUAGUGUAGUACUUUUCUUUGUAUGAAAACGUCCUUUCCCCAGUGGUGUAAGCUUUGUAAUGAAUUAGAAUUUCUGCCAAUAAUUGAUAUACAAUUUAUAUUCUUUAUUGUGCCUCUGUGUUACCAUGCUUUAUAAGAAUGUCUUUGUUUAAAGGGAAUUAAUCUUUCUAUGAUGUAUUAAUCUGUGUUUUCAAUUGUUUUUCAAAUGCACUUCAAAUAACUUGCAUACUUACUAUAUAAAAUGAAUGGUUGGCAAGGGCACUUUUUGCAAAGACAUAAAUAAAUACAAUACAUUGGCAGAGGUGCUAGUCAGAUCUCACCCAGGCACCUGAGAGAAUUAUUUAGUGGGAAAAAAUAAGUUUUCACAUUGUUUUAUAAGAAAUUAAAUUUGAAGAUUUGGAAACUAUUUUUAAAACAUAAAUACAUAGAAUGUUAUUAUUUCCUGCUAUAUUAUUGCUGGCAAAAGUGAAUACGUUGGUUAGGUUAUUUGGGGAGAAAUUACAGAAGGAAAAGAAAGAUCAGGCAGUGCAUUAAUUUUGUCUUCCUUUGGAAUAUCACAGUAACUGAGGAUCAAGUUUUGGCAACGUGGCUGACAUUUAUGGUUUCAUUUGCCUUCCACAUCUAAAAUAUUUAUUUUUCAUAUACUUACAAGUAACUUCCCUUUGGGGCAAUUUCCUUGUUGCCUUGUAGUUCAUGUGUUUUACUUAUUCAUUAAUAUAAACCCUUCUAUACUUAACACCUUAAUAUCAGUCAUUAAGAUCAAUAAGUGACUUUUUAUGUGAUUUUAUGACAAGUCUCCUUUACAUUUUGUCUCAAUUCUAUGUAUUAGUCCAAGAAUUUGCUACUGAACAGAUUCUCUUAGGUAUUUGGUUUCCUCAAAGUGCUUAAAUUUAUUGAUAGAUUGUAAACAAUGUUAUUUACAUUGAUGAAUGGCUGCCAAGUCAUAAUGAUUGUAAAGCACUUUGACUAUAUAAGGUGCUAUAUAAAUGUAAAAUAUCAUUUAUUUGAAAAUGGAAUGCCUCUGCCUUGACUUUACAUAUUAACUUAAGUAUUUGGUCCCCAAUUAUAUUUAAGCUCCCCUCCAGUCUUUUUCUUGCACCAUAGCCCAUUUUUUAAAGCAAAAAAAUUACUGAAAUUAGGUUGAUUGUUGUUCUUCUUGUUUAUUUGUUUGUUUUUGUUUUUAGAUAAGUCACCUAAAGAGAGGAUUUUAUUUCAUGUACUUGCUAUUUGAAAGUUCAGGUUUCAUUUAGUUCUGUAUAUUAAAUACAAAUUAGUAACUUGAAAUCAAACUAAAAUAAGGAUUUUCAGAAAUUGUAUUCAAAUGUUUGAUUUUAAAUCCUUUUUUUUAUAAGAAAAUUGAACUAAAAAUUAGUACUAAGUGUUUUCAUUUGUCCUCAGAAACUACUUGCAGAAAGGAUUAGAAUAUACACAGAAAUGACUGUGCAUUGUGCUAAUUUUUACAUUAAGUACAGAAGUCUAAGUGCAGUGUGAAUACUUCUGCCUGAUAAGACCGUAAAGCAGGAAGAAUUAGUAAUAAUUGAGAGAACCCAUGUGAGUAGAAUGCAUUGUGGGGUUUCAGGAGGCUAAGCAGACCUAAUCAACAUAGAAAGUUUUGAUAACAAAGGAUCAAAAACUAUUUAAGGUGGUUCUAACCCUCAACUCCUCGUUUCACAAAUAGCAUAAGGAUUCAACUGCUUUAAAACAGGUCAUGAACACUAACUGUAGUAAAAUUAAAAUUAUUGGGAAAUUAUACCCAGAGAGUAAGGUAGAUGAACAUAAAAGAGUCAAUGAACUAUUCAUUAAAAUGAUUAUAUCCCAUGAGAUAAGAGGUUUUAAUUUUAGUUUUCUAUUUACUGUCCUAGUCUUGGUCUCCUUCCCACCCACCUACUCAGAUAUAGUCCUCUAAAUGGGUUAGAAAGGUCCCAAACUUUUAGAAGGAAGUUUUGCUUCUUAUUUUUCUUCAGCAUCUGUUACAUGCUAUUAUUUUGGUGUUUACAUUCAUAAUUUUCACUCCUUUUAGUGUAUUACUUUCAUUACAUAGAAGAAAUUGUAUUUCUAAACAUUCUAUGAUGUUAAAAACAGCAGAAAUGAAACUUAGCUGUAACAGUGACAAAGCUGUUUCCCUUGCUCAGCUUUGGAAAGGAUUUAUGAAAUUUCUGUGGAUCUAGUAAAGGUUAAUAAUUUCUCAGAAGGUUUGUGAUGAUCCAUGGUCUAUCUGGAAGUUAAAAGACAUUGGUUGCUUUAUUUAAAUAUGAGCUAUGCUGUGCUGUAUUUUCACAAGCUCCCUAGCUAUGGCAGCCUCAUGAAGCCACAGUUCGCUUGGACAAUGGAGCUAGUCCUGGCCUCAGCAGUGGAGUAAGUACAUUGUUAUUGCAUGAGGUUGGGGUGAGCCAUCAGCCUAGUGUUUGAAUUCUUACAAACAAAAAGCCUAUUUUCUGUAUCCUUCUAACAAGGGUAAGAAAAUACAAAGUAAGUAACUAAGGAAUAUUAAAGCCUAACUUUUAUGUUCUGCAGUGUGUAUUUAAGAAGUUCAUAAUGGGGAAAAAAAUCCAGCAAAUAUUGUAGUCUAUCUUAUCUAAAAAGAGAAUAACCAGUACAGUUGUACUUAAAAGAGCUUUCAAAAAUUCAACCAUAUCUUUUUAUCAUUUGUCCAAUUACUUGAUAAUAACUAAGAAAAAGAAGUUCCUAAAUAAAGGACCCGUGUUCCAAAAUUGAGCAAGAUUAAAUUAUUUCUAUUAGAUAGCCUUAGCCUGGUAAAAUUGGCUUAAUGGGGUGAUUAAAUUAUAAUAAGGAACUGUUGUCUGUGAUUUUCUUGAAGUUUGGUUUUUUUACAAAAUUAAUGGUCAGUUGUACAAGAUUAAGCUAAAUGUUAUCUAGUCGCCAACAUCAGUCUAUAUAUUUCAUUAGUUUUCACAAAGGCACGAAAGUCCAUGCUGUGCCAAUGGAUCAGCGAUAAGUGAAAGAUGUUAAGUCGAAGAAAGGACAUUUUAUCUAUGAGCUAAUUUAGUCACAGCUCCUUAUCAAUAACCGUUUUGUUCAUUCUUAUUAACUAAUGAUAUGAAAUAUUUUUGAGUGUCUGUUACUCUCAGACAAGCAUUCAUCUUUGAAAGAUAGUACCACGUUAAAAAUUUGAAAAUGUUUUCCCCAAUAUAAAAAUUGUCUUGAAAAAAAAUCUAAAAUUUUUAAAUUAUCUUAACAGUUUGCAUCUAAUCUCCAAUUAUCCAGAUCUGACUCCAGGAAUGUUACUGUUAUCCUCAGUUGGAACAUGUGAGAUUUAUCUGAAAAAGCAUCCACAGCCCACACAACUUGUAUCAACCUAGCUAAUUCACAGACACGAGGAUCAGAAUAUCUGUGAUCCUAAAGUGAGAGGAAAGUGCCUGGCAUUUUGCUUUUCCUAAGGGCAAAGUAACAACCUUAAGAAAAAGUGCUUUUUAUUGUCUAUUCAUUAAACUAUGGAAGGAUAUUUUGACUUUUUAGCUUUGUAUUAUGAAGGGACUUUUUCACUAGAAAUGGAUGUAGCAUUGUACUUCUUUCUCAACAGCAAAACCUAUGUGAUGUCCUAAAGUACGAUGAAAGAGUGUACUCAACAAAAGAAAAAUGGAAUAUCAGAAACUUCAAAAAUUAUUUUAGCAUUUUUUAAAUUUUUCCCUUUUUAUAAAUUAAAAGGGUUUUCCAUUCAAUAAUGAUAAUCUCUUUUCCUAUAGUCCCCACUGUCAAAAUGGCAGCUUAUUUUGGUAGUUAUACAAUCCAGUUUCAUUACAUUUAGAAAGUGGUUUCAGACCUUAUUCUUUGUAACUAUAAUGAUUUAAUAUUUUAUAUCAUGGAGUUUUUAUAUGAGGAAGGCUAUUCUCAAUGUAUCUGUCAUCUAAUUUUUACUUUCUAUAAAGCAUAUUUAAAUAAUGAUUGGUGUACGUUCCUUUUAUUGAAAAAUUUGGAAAGGUUUUAUUGUCUAAUUUCAGCACAAUAAUUUUAUUGUCCUAAAGUUUUGCAGUAAAUAUUCAUUUAUCAAAAGCCAAAAAAACAUGAAAUAAUUCAUUACUGACACAGCUAACUUCUACCCUUCCCCAUUCCCUCAAAUCACGGAAGCAUUAAUAUUUAGCUUCCUUAAAUCACUGAUUAUGUUCUUGGGAAGUAUGUACUGAUUAUUUUGUUUUUAAACAGCCUUUUAGCAAUCCAAUUCAUGUGUAUUAUCUUUAUGAAAACAAUAUAUAUAUUUAUCGUUAUCUUGAAAUAUACUUGGAUUCUUCCCAUUGCACUUACAACGAUAGAAAAGGGACAUUAGUUUAUUUGAGAAACUAGAGACCUGAACCUAAUUAUGGCAAGUAUAUGAGUUUUGGCAAUUGUGAGGGAUCUGCUAGCGUUUCCUAACAAGUGUAUAUCAGCCAUUAUGUAAUGUCUCUCUUCAGUAUUUUCCUGUUUUCUAAUAUUUUCCAAUAAUAUUCUGUAAGAUAACUUUGUAUGCUGUAUAUAAAUGAGCAUAGAAAUCUGACAAAGAAACAAAACUGCUGUUAAGGCAAAUCCAUUGCUAGAGAGUAGAGUGGAUUAUCAGGAUAAGAAAUGGCUUAAUUAUAAACAAAUAUCCAGACAGAUAGAAGUACUGACUACAGUUAAAAUUUACACUGUCUUAACAAAUGUUCUUAAAGUAAUAGUUUACAUAAAAUCAUCUGACUUUUAUUACAUGAUCAUUUAAAAUGAGUAGACAAAAAUAGCAUUUUCUUAUGGUCCUUCCCUUCAGUGGGCAUGAACUUGGCAUACAAUAUAAACUGGAUAUGGAAUCGGUGGAAGGGAAAGCAUCUAUUUUCAUUUUAAAACUGUUAACCUAUUACUAAACCUAAGGUGAUGAUUUAAGGCCAUUAAGGAUACUAUAAUUUGAUGAGAUGAGAAGAAAUCUGUGAUGGCUGAGAAUCACUACCGACUUCUAACAGUUAUCUAGAUCUGCUUCUUUACCUAGUUUAUAAACAGAGGCUCAAUUUUAUGUUUCCCCUUAAUUAUACAUAGUAGCUACACAGAAAAUGUUUAAAGUGAAAGCAAAAGUGGACAUUUGAAAAAGUAUAUUCAAGGAGAGCCCUUAUGUACCUGAUACAUUACCACCAGACUGUGAAUUAGAUGUUUAGGGUCUAAAGGUGAAAUCAUCAGAGAAGGUAUCCAUAGCCUCAAAAUUUUAGGCCCUUGGCGCUCUCAAAUAUCCUGGAUUGUAUCUACUCAGAGUUUAAAGGAACAAUUAAGUGUCAUGAGAAGAACAAUCUCAAAGCGAGAAAAAGGAAACUACCAAAGCAUGCUUGGGCUUUAAUAAUGUAUGUGGGAGACUUCUGGGCAGAUUUUAUCAGUUUAGAGAUCUCUAAAUUGACAAAGGAAAAUAAUUAGUUUAACAGUUAUAUUGUAAAAUUAAUGAAAGGGACUCGUUUAUUCUUGGUAUAUUUGUCCACCUUUGGGCAGUGAAAACUGUAUAUACUUUGUAUCGUAUGUUUAUAUAUGUCACUAUUAGAGAUGAGUAUCUUAAUAUUAUUUACUGUUAUUCCUAAUCAUUUAUGUAUUAUUUAUACUUCACUGUAAGAUUCACAGCACUUUACUAAUAUUAGAUAAUUAUUUUCCUUGUACCUUUCUGUGGCAUGUUCUGUUUAAAUCUUUUCCACUGGGGUUCUUUUCCUUAUUUUGCAACACUCACUAAGAGAAAUACAAAAGAUUGCCCAAACAAAUGGGCUAUGUACUCUUCCUGAAAUUUUUAAAGUUCAAUCUGAAGUUCUAAGUCUGGAAAUAUAGUUGAAGCUGGGUUGGGGCAACUAGGCAUGAGAUACAUUUUGUAUUUCACAUUAAUAAGACAUUUUUUAUAAAAAGUUAAUAACUCAUGAAACUAAGUUCUCCUAAUGUAAACAUCCUUGAAACUUUUUGUUUUCUGGAGUUGCAGUAAUAAAAAGUAAACAAUCUUCUGGUGAAUCAGAAGAUGCUCUUUCCUUUGAUUUCCCUGUCCUAAAAUACAAACCUACAAACUGCCCUUGACUUUCCUAAUUUCUUCAUUAUUGCAUAUACCCAAGGACAGGAUAAAGAUAGCCAAGUUCCAGGAGCUGUGAAGUCAGAGAAUCUGGAAAGGGGUGGAGUGAGGUGAUGGGAAAAGGCAAACACUAAAGAUGGCAGAAUACUACAAAAAUAUUCUUAGUUCUACAUAACAAAUAUGCUUUAUGAACUUAGCCAUUUUCUUAAGUUCUAAUAUAGCAAAGUUAUUUUGGCUUCUUCUAUUGAGAGAUGUUUCUAGGUGUCAGGACUCUUCCAUUUGUAACAAAUAUAUUAGUAUUCAAAUCAUAGUCCAAAAGUACUGAAAUAUUUGUUGUUAUAUUGAUAUAUAUGAUUACUGCCAAAGAAUAGAAAGAUUUGCUCAUAAGAACAUUCUCUUAGAGUUUUGUUUUAUUUUGUGUUUUCAGAUGAGAGAAAUGUUUUCAUAGUGUGAACCGUUUCUGAAAUAUUUUCUUCUGUGGUACCCACUACUCUAGUGGUAUGCUUUGCACAAGCAGGUCCCCUAGAAGAGAGCAGCACUGAAAUAGAGAAGUCUUGACUCUGACCUUUGAGAGAAGAACUGCUUUUUGUCCUCCCAAAGUAAAAAAUUAAGCACUCUUCUGCCACACAAAGACAAAAUAUGUUUUGAAUAUCUACUAAUUAGUUGUGGAAUAGAUAGGUCUCCUAAUUGUCUUUAUCAUCCACUGGCUUCUUGUUAAUCUAGAUAAGAGUAGAUUUCUAGACCUGCAUUUUCUAAUUCAUUAGCCACUAGCCACAUGUGACAAUUUAAAUUUAAAUUAAUUAUAAUUAAAUUUAAAAAAAAUUUGGUUCCCCAGUCACCUAGACACACUUUAAAUGCUUCAGUAACCACAUAUGGAUAGUGGUUAUCAUACUUUUCAACACAAAUAUAGAACUUUUUAUCAUCGCAGAAAAUGCUUUUUGCCAGUGCUGUAAUACCCAAAGAGAAAAUAAGGACAAAAUAAAGGUAUUCAGUUAACUUAGGAUAGCUCUUCGAUUUUACCACAAUUGUUGAAUAGAGCUAUUUUUCUUAUUAAAAUUAACACCAGCCCUUUUUAAAGACCUUGGAAAAAUUAAAACCUCAUUCUUUGAAACUUUUGUUCAGUAUGUAUUUUUAAACAGAUUCUCAGCACUUUACUUUUCAAGUAAUAUAAUUAAAUCAUUUCAUAAGUCAUAACUUAGUAUCUUCAGGAUUUUUUCGUCUUUUAUGUAGUGUUUUAACAUUGAGGAUACAUGGUUUCUAACUCUUAUGGAGCAGAAACUGAUGAAUGCUUAUUUACAAAUAAAAAUUGAUAAACACAUAUUCUUCUUUUUAGUUACUUUUAAAUCUAUAUAGAUCUAAUGAAAGUUGCCAACAGUUUUUUGUAUUUAUCCCUAAAAUCACAUUCGAUUAUUUUCCACUUUAAAGAUAUAUCAGGGUCUAGAUAAUUUCUUUGGUUUUCUUCAUAGUUUCUUGCUCUUAAUAAGUUGAAUUAUGAAUUAAGUUUUAUGUAUGCAGCAAAUAUUUUAUUCCAGUGACAUAGCUAAUGAAACAUGUUUUAAUAUUUACUAAUUUACUUGGCCUAUUACUAAAGCACUUACCAUACCUAAAAGGACCUAUAGUAAUUCAUCUGAGUUUUUUAAUGAAAAUAAGAAACUAAUCAUAAUUCUUUUGAGUCAGCUUGGUCCUUAGUUAAAACUAUCCUGUUAAGGAAGUCAUGAUGCUUUCCUCUUCCUUUUAAAUUUUUUUUAAUCAAGCAACAGACUUGUUACAGUAUGUCAAAUUCCAAGCAAAUUAUGAUGAAAUUCUUAUUGUUGUUCAAGUUCAGAUGAAUAAACAGUGUGAUUUGAGCUUAUGAUUUUCUUGGUGACCUAAUUUAAUGUGUGUUCUACAGAGACUCAUACUAGUUAAGGGAAAUUUUCAAUAUGCUUGAAAUAAGAAAUAGCAUUUUAGUUUAAAUACAGGAAAUGACUGUACACAAAUAUCAAUCAAUUAUUUGAGGCCUUCUAAUUUUUUUUUAAUAAUAGCCUUUGUUUUUUAAUAGCCUUAGUUAUUUAAAAUUCACAUGCACUAAAAUGUUAUUGCUGUCACUAACUUUGCUGUUUACAGGUUAUGUGUAAUUCAGAAUGCUUUGUACUCCAAGGAAUGAUUUCCAGGUUUAUCUUAUUUUGCAGUUUUCAUAUUUUGACAAUUGCCCCACCAUUUAUAACACCCAAUUUUUAGUUGUAUAAUGAAUGGUAAAAUUCAAACACAUUUAAUAAUUUGCCUUAUUUUCAUUAAUAAAUUCUAUUAAAGAUUUGGGGCUAGAAAGAGGCUUUUUUUUUUUUCCUAGAGUAGUUUUUAAACUUUUCAGAUGAGCUGAAAAACACCUUAGUACAUUGGAGUUGGAGUUGUACUGAUUACAGUCCCAGCUCUGAAGCCUUAUACUCAUGUCUUAAGUAUCAUUGAUCUGUGAAUUGUUAGUUUCAUAUUUGACAUUGUAGUUAUCCACCUUGCAGUUUAGCCUUUGCAAGAAAAGGAUAUUGCUAGGUAUUUUUAUUUCUGGUUGACUAUUGAAUUUAUAAUUUCACAAUUUCAUUCUUUGUCAUUAUAAUCCAAAAAUGAAAUCCACACAGGACUCUAAAUUUCUCACUUCACAAAUGGAA